AUGCAGCUGCUGUUGGUGUGGAGUUUGGCAUCUGCUGUCAUGUUGGUGGCAUCUGGAGCCGGUCCUCCCUCUCUUGCUACUCUUGCACACUGCCCCAAGACCUGUGGGGAUGUGAGCAUCUGGUACCCCUUCGGCAUCGGGCCUGGCUGCUUCCGGCAGGGAUUCGAGGUCACCUGCGAUAGGACCACCAAACCUUGGAAGCUCUUCUUGGGCAAGGGAAACACCACCACUCAGGUAACUGCCCUCUAUCCUGCAGGAACUGUCCUUGCCUCUAUUGUGUACACCAUCACCAUGGCACCAGGUGUUGGCACCUACAACUUGUCCUGGCAGUCUCCUGGGCGUAACCUCAACAUCGAGUCUUACAAUUACUUUGCGUUCCUUGGUUGCGGAAUUGGGAUCUGCUUGUUCCACCCAGACACCGGUGACCUUGUAGGCCAUUGCACAAGCAAGUGUUCCUCCAUGGAGGCCAUGCUCAUAGCAACACAAGGUGGGAGCUGCAAUGGCAUGGGCUGCUGCACUGUCACGUUCCCGGUGCCGUUUCGAGGGUUCAGAGUGACCAUCGUAAAGAACAACGAUACAGUACCAGAACCCUUCCAUGAUAUCACCGUCAAGGCUUUCUUAAGCUUCCGUCCAUGUAAGUUUAGUAUUAUGGAUCUAUUGUCUGAUAAAAUAAAUGCAAGCAUCGUUGCUGCUUUAUCCGCAUACCUCUCAACUGUCAUCGCUGAUGAACACAACUGCAAACAAGCCCAGUUGGAUAAUAAAACACAUCAUAUUUUGAUUUUCUUAACUGGAGCAGAGUAUAACCUAACCCCCAAGACAAACUGUUCUCGAUCAUGUGGAAACACAUAUAUUCCUUUCCCUUUCGGGCUGGAGCCAGGCUGUUUUGCUAAAAGGAGAUUUCAAUUGAAUUGUGCAUCCAAUCGCACUCUUAUUGGAAGACCACCUGCAAAAUAUGAAGUGACAAAUAUUUCAUUAGAUGAAGGACUCUUGUAUGUCAAUAAGCUUUCAGAAUCUGAAGACGCCAACACAAAUUAUUUAUCGAUAUACUAUGGAGGUUCUGAGUACUUUGGCCAGCAACUAAUUUAUGGUCUGGAGAAAUCUGACUUAUCUGAAGAGUAUGGUUCUUGGAGUUGGUCAGUAACCAAUUUGACAUGUGAAAGUGCAAAACGCGACAGAACUUAUGCAUGCAUCAGCACAAACAGCGAGUGCCUUGGUGUUACACAUGGGACGAUCUAUAUUGGUUAUCGUUGCAAGUGCUCUCCUGGUUUUGAAGGAAACCCUUAUGUUCAAAAUGGAUGUACAAGUGUGCAUUCCUUAACCUAUCCAAUGCAUGCAUUUGAUUGUGCAACAAUAGGCAUAUUUGACAACAAUUUCAUGAUAUCCAUUGAAUUUGACUAUAUUGAUGAGUGCUCGAUACCAAACUAUUGUAACGGGACAUGCUAUAACUUUCAAGGAAGCUAUGGUUGUUGCCCUCAAGGUAUGCAUUUUGAUCCAGUAAGAAGGCAGUGCACUUCUAGUAAGCGGCAAAGUGUUCUUUUGGGUAUUGUUGUCGGAAUUAGCAGUGGUUUUGGAGUCCUACUUCUUACAUUGACUGCAAUCGUAUUAGUCAAAAGGUGGAAGAUAGACACACAAAAGAAAAUCCGAAGGGCAUACUUCCGGAAAAACAAAGGCCUACUCUUGGAGCAGCUGAUCUCUUCGAGUGAAAGUGUUACACAUAACACAAGAAUAUUUUCCUUGGAAGAGUCUAAAAUUGUGGAGCAGAGUGAGAUCGACCAAUUUGUUAAUGAGGUGGCCAUCCUGUCACAGAUAAUUCAUCGCAAUGUGGUGAAACUUUUUGGUUGUUGCCUUGAAUCUGAGGUGCCGCUUCUCGUAUAUGAAUUCAUCUCUAAUGGCACACUUCAUGAUCUUCUUCAUGGCAAUCUGAGUGCCAAAUGCUUGUUAACAUGGGAGGACCGUAUCAGGAUUGCUCUAGAGGCUGCUGGGGCACUUUCUUACCUCCAUUCUUCUGCUGUUAUGCCAAUCUUUCAUAGAGAUGUGAAAUCAACUAACAUACUCUUGGAUGAUGCCUUCACUGCAAAGGUUUCAGACUUCGGUGCUUCCAGAUCCAUUUCCAUUGAUCAGACUCGUGUGGUUACAGCUGUGCAGGGGACAUUUGGCUACCUAGAUCCUGUGUAUUACUAUACAGACCAAUUAACUGAAAAGAGUGAUGUUUAUAGUUUUGGCGUGAUACUUGUUGAGCUCCUAACAAGGAAGAAGCCAAUUUUCCUCAACCACCUUGGUGAAAAGCAGAACUUGUGUCAUUAUUUCCUUGAAGUGCUUAGAGAUAAAACUACUAUGGAUUUGGUGGAUUGCCAAGUUCUAGAGGAAGCUAGCCAAAGUGAUGUUGAUGAGAUUACCUUGGCUGCGGAGAUGUGUUUAAGGCCUAAAGGAGAACAGAGACCUAAAAUGAAAGAAGUGGAAUUAAGAUUGCAACUCCUAAGAGCUAAAAUAUCUAGAACAUACAAAGAGGAGUCAAAAAGGGGCAGAGAAACCAAACAGUUAUUAUCUUCAGAGUAUAAAUCUACUCCCCUGACUAUGAACAAGAGAGCUGAAAAUGGCCUUGCUGUUAUACCAUGGAGCAAGAAAUGA